ACUACUAGUAAUAAUAAUGAAAAUAAGAAGGGUGUUUUUAUAGAAACCUAUGGAUGUCAAAUGAAUGUUUCCGAUACACAAAUUAUUUUAAGUAUUUUGGAUAAGAAUGGAUAUAAAUUAGUUGAUAGUGAUAAAGAAGCAUCUGUUAUUUUAUUAAAUACUUGUGCUGUACGUGAAAAUGCAGAAAACAAAAUUUGGAUUCGUCUCAAUGAAUUAAAAAAGAAGAGACAUGAAAAUAAGCAUUUACAUAAUUUCAAUCCUGAAGAAUAUCCUGUUAGUGGAGUUCAAAUUGGUGUUUUAGGAUGUAUGGCAGAAAGAUUAAAGACUAAAUUGAUUGAAACUAAUAUGGUUGAUGUAGUUGUUGGACCAGAUCAAUAUAGAGAUUUACCAAAUUUAUUGAAAAAGAAUGAAGAAUCUGAAAUGUUACAAAGAUCAUUGGAUGAUAAUGUUGAAGGUAGACAAGCUCAAUUAAAUGUCAUGUUAUCAAUGGAUGAAACUUAUGCUGAUAUUGAACCUGUACGUGUUGGUGAUACUGGUAAAUCUGCAUUUGUUUCAAUUAUGAGAGGUUGUGAUAAUAUGUGUUCAUAUUGUAUUGUUCCAUUUACAAGAGGAAGAGAAAGAUCGAGAGAUAUUACAAGUAUUUUGAAUGAAAUUAGACAAUUAUCAAAGAAUGGUAUUAAGGAAGUUACCUUGUUAGGUCAAAAUGUAAAUUCAUACAGAGAUACAUCUGAUAGUAUAUAUCAAGAAAAAUAUAAGAAUGAAGGAAAGGAAAUUGAAACAACUGAUGGUUUUAAAACAAUUUACAAACCAAAAAUUGGUGGUCUCACAUUUACUGAACUUUUAUAUGAAGUUUCACAAAUUGAUAAGGAAAUGAGAAUUCGUUACACUUCUCCUCAUCCAAAAGAUUAUCCAGAUUCACUUAUUGAACUUAUUAGAGAAACUCCAAAUAUUUGUAAUCAAAUUCACUUACCUGCUCAAAGUGGUUCAACAAAUAUGUUAGACAGAAUGAGAAGAGGAUACACUGCCGAAUCAUAUAUUGCUCUGGUUGAUAGAAUUAAGAAUAGAAUUCCAAAUGUUGCAUUGAGUUCAGAUUUUAUUGCUGGAUUCUGUUCUGAAACUGAACAAGAUCAUCAAGAUACUCUCAAAUUAUUGAAUCAUGUGAAAUAUGAUCAAGCUUAUUUAUUUGCCUAUUCACUUCGUGAAAAGACUCAUGCUCAUAGAAAUUAUGAAGAUGAUGUUCCAGCUGAUGUGAAGAAUCGUCGUUUGAAUGAAUUAGUUCAAACCUAUCGUGAAAAUUUAGCCAUUCAAUAUGAAAAGGAAGUUGGUACUUUACAAUGUGUUUUAAUUGAUUCAGAUUCAAAGAGAGAUCCACAAAAUUAUUGGGUUGGAAGAACUGAUAAUAAUAAGAGAGUU